CUGUUUUUUUGCCUUUCAAUCUCUUUCCUUGUGCAGUUUCCUUGCCUUUGUCUUUGCUUUCCUUUCGUUGCUCUUCUUGCCCCCAACCCCUCAUAUCAAUCUUCUCCUUUCUCACCCCUUUUUUUUCUUCCCCAUUAUCCCUCUCCCUAAUCUCUUCCCCCUUUCCAUUCCUUCCUUCAUUGGUUCCGUUUCUCUCUCUAGCUCUUUCUCUCGGGCCUGUUGCUUGCGAUUCCCUUUUGGUGGGUGAGGUGGGGGGUAUUUUGGGCGUGCCGUUUUCUCCGCUUUUGCUUCUCUCAUCCGGCUUCGAGGAAGGGAGAACAAGGUCAGGCGACGAACAAGAAGAAGAGGAAGAGAACGGAUUCCUGCAUCUGUCUAUCGCUCUUCUUUCGUACUCUUGCCGGAGAAAUUUUCUGGGUUUUCUUCGGUUGGGUGUUGGAGCUUUUUCAUAUUUGAUUCGGUUGUGGCUUCUCCGCUUCGGAUUCUUUUAGAUCGGUCGGAGUUUCCUGCUCUCUCUUUGAUCGGUGAGCUGUUUCCCCUCGCUGUGGAUUGUAUUGCUUAGCUUGAUCAGUAGGCGGCGGUAGGUCGGAUUGAGAUUGGGUUUCAUCUGUGCGCUCUCUUUUUCUCGAAGUCUUCAGUAGUUUUUCCUCUUGUUUUUGGGUUGUUAUGAGCAUGGCAAUUCUCAAAAAUAAAUGAUUUUUGUUGUUCAAAAUCUUCGGAUUGUUUUGGUUUCUGUUUGUGUUUCCAGUUUUCGUCAUUCAUGAUGAUUGAGGAACUGGUGGUGUUUGGCUGAGAACUCCACCCAUCGGUGCCUUUGUUAGACCAGGCGAAGUGGCUCUGGUGAACAUUUCAAAGAAAUGAAUCUGCUUUUGUUGGAUGGAUGUGUUGUUUGUAUUGGCUGAUUGAUUUGGGGCUCUGUUUGUUGAUUGUGAGAAACAAUACUUUUGUUGAGUAUUUUGCCAGUAGCUUUCCAAUGUUUGGUUUGGGUCGAUUGUUUUUUUUUUAUAAUGCUGGUUUGGGUCGAUUGUUGCUUGGGUCCCUGUGUUCUCUAUGUGCCUUGUGGCUUCAGUGUUGCGUUUCUACCAAUAGAUGAGUCUGGGCAGAGUGCUUUUGCAUAAAAGAUGCGAACUUUACUUGCCAAUCCAAACCGUUAGAGAGGCCAAGCUUGAUUGUGAUCGCGUUGUUACCAAGUAAGAGCUCAUUGGAGCAAAGGGUAGCUUGUGGUGACAUAUAUGCAUUGAGUUUUGCUUGUUUGAGCUGACGUUUCAUAUUAAUUUUCUGCCCUUAUUGAAUGAAUGUGUCCUGCUCAAUGAUAAGAGUCUGUUGUCUAUCAGCUUUCAGUUUUGUGAAACAUUCUCUUCACUGGUGAGGUGUAUUAUGUGCUGUGUUCUUGCAUUGUGAAAAUGAUAAAUUCUCUGUGAUAUGAGUUCUUUGUUGUGUUCCUUGAGAGGAGUGUCUCUAACUAUGUUCUCUUUUGUUGUCAGGUCUUCAAGUGAAUCCAUUUGCUUUGGGGGGUUUCUGCUUCUGUUGACCUACAUUAUAUAACAUAUUUAGCCCUAAUGCAAGGGCAGAGGGGUAUAGUUGGCUCCUUGCCAGAGACUUUGGACUUUGACCAUGGAUCAGCAUCGGGUAAUCCCAUCAUGGACCAGCAACUUUGCUGGAACAACCUUAGAAAUCCUCCAGAAGAGCGAUUGUCAAACUUUAUGUUGUCUCCUGUUCACAUGAAUCCGUAUGCAAAUCCGAUUGACCAUGAACGGCAGAACUUGAGUCGGUGGAGCCUAGGUGAACCGAGUUCUGGCAGUGCAAGAACUGACAGAAGUCGAGAUAAGCAGAAGAUGGAACAUGGAUCAUCAUCUUCUUCAGCAGCAGCUAGCAUGUCUGCUGAUCCUAACCCAAGGUUAGAAGAAAGGCGUCAUGAACCAACCCAUAUGCUUUCAUUGAAUAGUGUCGAUGUCAAUGCCCAGUUUGUGCACAGCUCCAAUGCCAUUGGAUUUCCCCAGAAUCUGAACUUGAAUGCAGGGUUGGUGGGUCAGGGUGACGAUUCUAUGGGAAGCCACAACAUGGUGUACAAGCCUAGUGGUGCAGAACAUGCUGUUAGUGGUCCUGAAGAGUUUCUUCUCCCUUCUGGAAGUGGAGGAUACUUGAUGGGAGAUGAUGGCAGGCCUGGUUCUUCAUUUGAUGGGCGCCGUCAAUCAUGUAAAAGAAAAGCAGUAGAAGGACAUGGGCAGUCCUCUAUGAGUGGUGGUUCUAGCUUGUUUCAGCAUCCAGAAGGUAGUGGUGCAUGGCCAGGUGUUCCUCCCCGCCAAGUCAGCAGCAGUUUGAGUAUAUCAGCUGCUGCACCACCUGAGCAGGUGCAUCCCAGACUUGGAUUAGGUAUGAGAGGUCUUGGUACUGAAGGUAUUGCUGAUCCCAUUCCAUCUGGAGGAAGCUCACGUCAAAGAAAUUUUCGAUUGAGGAUAAAUCCUUCGCAUCAAGAAUCUGUUCCUUCUUCAUUGUUUUCUUCUGGCGGUGUUGUUAGGCAUCACUCGUCAAGACAUAAUAUUCCAGUUGAUCGUGCCUUGGAAUUCAGGUCAUCUUCGUCUGCUGCAGAGGCUCCUGUUACUCAAGUUCAGCCGGUUGUUAUCCCCGUUCCGGCUUUGCCACAAACUGGGCCACCAUUUAGGUGGAGUGAAACUUCUAGCUCGAGAGCUGGUAGUUCAUCAGGUGGUCCUAUCGAUUUUAGUGAUAGAGAUGAGGGAAGCUCGAGAAAUACUGCUAGGCAAUUAUGGGAACAUCCUAUGUUUGUACCUGCAACAGAGCCGAGAACUUCUGCUAGAAAUCAUGGGAAUCGGAACAACAUAGUUGGUGGAAAUAUGAGUGUACCUAGUAGCAAUGUUUCUUCUUCUGCAGCAUCCCGGAGUGGUGGAUCCAGUUCAGGUGUUCAUUUGUCAGCUCCAACUUGGGUGCCCCAUCAAAGUUCUUCUAGAAACUCGAGACGACUGGCGGAGUAUGUUCGGCGGUCGUUGUUUUCUUCUUCUGCUGCAGCUGGUGAUGAUCCUGGAACCCAGAGCAGUAAUAAUAAUUCUUCUGCCGCAGCAGAGAUGGUUAUACCUGCUGGAACUAGUAGUAACCAGGGGCAUCAUCAUCGAUCUCAUCCAAGAUCAGCACCAUGGCUUGAUAGACAGGGUGGUGAUGGUGUCCUUAGAAUCCCUUACCCCUUACGAACUUUAAGCGCCUCUGGUGAAGGUCGUAGCAGGCUUGUUUCCGAGCAGCUACGCAAUGUCUUGGAUCUCAUGCGGAGGGGAGAGGGCCUGAGAUUUGAGGAUGUCAUGAUCCUUGAUCAGUCGGUAAUUUUUGGUAUGGCCGAUAUGCACGAUAGGCACAGGGACAUGCGGCUUGAUGUUGAUAACAUGUCAUACGAGGAGUUACUUGCAUUAGAAGAGCAGAUUGGCAGUGUCAAUACCGGAUUAAGCGAAGAGACCAUAGGAAGUCAACUUAAACAGCGAAAAUAUUCAGCUGCUGUAGGGAGUGCCGCUGAGUCCGAGACAGAACCAUGCUGCGUGUGCCAGGAAGAGUACAAUAACGGUGAGGAGAUCGGAACCCUCGAUUGUGGGCAUGAUUUCCACACAGGCUGCAUCAAACAGUGGCUAAUGCUGAAGAAUUGGUGCCCCAUCUGUAAAACAACAGGGCUUGCCAGCUAAAUUAGGUACGUCCCCCGCAGAGAACGAAGAAAACAACAGAUAAGAGGCAGCAAUGUCACCCCACCUCCCCACCCGACGAAGAGAUUGGAAAUUGCAGAACAUGGGUAGAUUCGGGAUCCAGAAAAGAACAUUUCUUUGACUUCUAAUGGCUGGUUUGGUUCUCCAUGGGGUUAGGCACAUUGCAGACUCAGUUAGCAGUCAUACUCUCGUAGGCAAGGAGGGGAAGCUUUACUGCAUUUAUUUUCUCUCUUUAUUAUAUUUCUUCUUUUGUAUCUUUUAUGGUUUAAGAAGGGUGGGGGCGAAAGGAAAAUCAGUCUGCAGAUAGUUGGAUGGAUGAUAACAGCAGCUUGUAAAAGGAAAUGUGAAUCCAACAAGCUGCUUUUGGAUUUAUUCUGGAAUUGGGUGGACUUCAGGGAUGGAUGACUAUAUUUAGUUUUAAUUUAUGAAUUCUCUAUUGGAACGGAACAUUCGUUAUCAAUUCCUGUCGUCAUUUACUAUUUCGGAUAGAUUUGUGUAUUUUGCUUUGUUUUUGGUUAGAUAUGGGCGUUGGGCUUUUGACGCAUUUUGGGUCAGUGUUGUUGCACUUUUUGCCGUGUUUACGUAAGGGCAUAGAGGAAAACCAGAUUGCCGAAUUUGUUUGGACUAUACGUUGUUUAGGGUAGAUGCUUGAUUUGUGAAAUAGAUCUGAAAAUUGUAUCGGACAAGUUAGUGAAAUAGAACUUAUUUCAAUGUGGCUUGAUAACGGUACCACAAUGUGGGUGAAGGAGAAAAUGAUACACAUCAACUCAAGCAUUACAUGCGUGUGGUUUGGUUGGGUGAUUGUGGAUGAUAGGAGGUUAAAUGGAUUUGGUGGAUUUACAAGAUAUAUUCCAUAUGAUCACAUAAUUUCAAUAGAGUUAAACUUAAAAUGAACAAAAAUUAAACUAAAUGCUUAAUCCAUAAAUCAGGUGAAUCAUUUAUUUUACAAUAUUGGUAUUGGUAAUUUUCCACAAAUUACAAAAAUAAUACUCAACUGAUAAACAUGGUCUAAGCCUGAUAAUAACAAAGGUUCGAGAAGGCACUAGACAUAUGGCAAACAUUUUGGUCUUCUGUAGUGCCUCAUUCGCCUAGGCGUUGUGAGCGUAAAUUGCUUUUUAACCUAUAGUCGCAAAUUACAAUUUCAAAUUAAUGGAAGGAAUGAAGGACGAAUCGGGGGAAGACAACAAUAUUUUUUCUUCCAUUUGUCUACUAGUUAUGCUUAAGAGUACCUCCAAUUGCCUAAGCACACUCAAAACACAAUCCUUUGAUCGAAAUUGAGAGGAAUUUUUGUGAUUUGAAGGGUUUCAAUUUCGGUAAAGCUAUAUGUUGGAGCUUUGAUGGCUUGAGGUUAAAAAGUUGGGUGGGUCGUGGGUCAACCAUAGUCCACCUGCACCCACCCAAUAUUUUUUGAGUCACCUAUUUUACAACUCAUAUCUACCCAUAGGGGCCACUCACAUGAUAAUGGGUGGGUUGAUUGCGAGUGAAUUUGUGGGUUCAACCACCCAAUGCCUACCCCUAGUCGCAGUUAACUAAGGUAAUUAGUUAACAGUGAAAAAUGAAAAAAAAAAAUUAAGUAAUGUUGGAUCCUCCAAUAGCGGCUUAGUCACGAGUCAUUCUUUGCGUCUUGUGCAUAUUUUUGAAUCCUAAGAAAUUUGUACCUCAUUG